CAGUCUGGCAAGUGCCUGGGAACACAGUUCCAGGAAAAAGUGCAACAGCGUCUCCGCUCUGGAGGGAGCAUUUAUUGAGCUGUAGCUGUGCCCUGGGGUUCUUAUCAGGUCCCACAGGUCUAAUUUAUUUAACUGCCCAAACUUGCCGGGGGUGAAGGAGGGUCUACUCAGAUGAGGUUCCUUGAUGGCCCCUGGCCCAGAACCUCCAACCCUGGCUACGCCUAGGGAAGCGGGAGGCUGUCGGUCGGAGAAGGACCACGCAAGAGUCCGACCCGCGGUGCCCAGCACCUGCCCUAGUGGGUGCGUUGUCUUCCUGGGCAGGGUGCUGGCUCCUCCCGCGGUAGCCACGCCUGCAGCAGUCUCGGUCCCUUUAAGAGACGCCGGCCGGCCUUCCUGCUGCCUCCGCCAUGGCCGCGCUGCAGCUGGAGGACAAGCUGACCUGCGCCAUCUGCCUGGGGCUCUACCGGGACCCGGCGACUCUGCCCUGCGGCCACAACUUCUGUAGGGCCUGCAUCCAGGACUGUUGGCGCCGCUGUCAGAAAGAGUGCCCCGAGUGCCGCCAGCCCUUCCCCGAUGGCGCGGAGCUGUGCCGCAACGUGGCGCUCAGCGACCUGCUGGAGUUGCUGCGCCCCGGCGCCGGCGCGGACCCCCGUGCGGACCCCGGCGCUAGGGCGCGCUGCCCGCGCCACGGGCGUCCGCUCGAGCUCUUCUGCCGCACUGAGGGCCGCUGCGUGUGCAGCGCCUGCACCGUGCUGGACUGUGACCUCCACGAGCGGGCGCUGCUGGACGCUGAGCGCCGCGAGCGCGAGGUCCAGCUGAGAGCCAAGCUGGAGAUCACCCAGCAGCAGGCCACUCAGGCCAAGACCCAGCUCCAGGAGCUGCAGCAACAAAGCAGCCAGAUCCAGAACUCAGCCUGCAAUCUGAUCUCAGUGGUCUCUGGCAAGUUCAGCUGCCUGCUGCAGGCCCUGGAGAUACGGAGGGCCGUGGCGCUGAAAGGCAUCGAGACUGCCAAGACACAGGCACUAACACAGGCCCAGGAUGAGGAGCGGCGGCUGCACAGCCACCUGGAGGCCCUGGCUCAAUAUAGCCGCAGGGUACAGGCUCUCCUGGAGCAAGUGGAUGACCACACCUUCUUGCAGGAGUCACAGCAGCUCUUUGAGCCCCCAGAACCCCUUGGGCCGCUGACCCCUCCACAGUGGGAUGAAGACCAGCAGCUGGGUGACCUAAAGGAGUUGCUGAGCCUGCUUUGUGGCCUUCUCCUGGAAGAGGGGCACCCCUCCAGAGUGCCAGCCAAGACUGCUGACUCGGGCCCUCUGGAGGCCCCGCGUUCCCUGGCACAGGUCCCAAGCACACGCAUGCUGUGUCCGCUGAGGAGGGAACUCUGGCAGAAUUAUCGCAAUCUCACCUUUGACCCAGAUAGUGCCAAUCGCCACUUCCUCCUGUCCCACCAGAACCAGCAGGUGAAGCACCAUCGCCAGCCCCAGGGCCCAGCCCAGCCAGGGAACUUUGAGCUCUGGCAGGUGCAGUGUUCCCAGAGCUUCCAGGCUGGACGGCACUACUGGGAGGUGCGUACUUCUGGCCACUCAGUGACCCUGGGUGUCGCCUACCCAGAACUGAUGCGACGCAAGCAGGGAACCCACACAGACAACAUCGGCCGUGGACCCUCGUCCUGGGGCCUUUGCGUACAGGAAGACAGCGUCCAGGCCUGGCACAAGGGAGAGGUCCAGCGCCUCCCCAGCUUGUCUGGGCGGCUGGUGGGCAUGGAUUUGGACCUGACCUCAGGCUGCCUUGCUUUCUACAGCCUGGAGCCGCAGACUAAGCUCCUGCACACCUUCCAUGCCCUCUUCAACCGGCCCCUUUGCCCCGUUUUCUGGCUCCUGGAGGGGAGGACCCUCACCCUGUGCCAUCAGCCUGGAGCCGAGCUCCCUCCAGGGUCCCAGGAAAAGAGCUCAGGUCUCAGCUGAGGAAGGCACAGGGUGGAACUCUUGGCUAUGGACAGGUACCACUGUGCCUCGUAUGCCUAGGUGCAGGCCAGCCUCUGACCUGGGGACCUGAGGCCAGAGUCUAAAACAACAAGGUAUUGGCCUCUGUUGAGUCAGAGGGAGGCAAUGGGGAGCCCCAACCGAGUUUCCUUUCUAGCUACUUUGAAGGGAACAGGGGCCAGAAGGGGAUGAAAUAGGAGACCCUAUCCCCGAGCAGAACCUAGUUCUUAGCAUUACCUGGGCCUGGCACACUAGAGCAGCGCGCGUGUAGCCUUCCAGGAGAGCAUGUGGGACCAAAUAAGAUCUAUCAGCCCUAGUUUACCUGCCAGGAGACCAUGCAGAUGGAAGGAUCGGUCAGCACGUGGGCAAGUGAGCCACAAACGACUCCAAGAAACAUUCUAAUGACUCAAAUUUAUUUUCCCAUUAUUGAACAUUUAAAUUGUUUUAUUUUUGGCUAUAAAAGUAUUGCUGAUGAAUACUUUUAGCAGGAAUUUUUGGCCAUAUUUAUGGUUAGGCUAAAUUCCUAAAGUAAACUUAUUUGUCAUUAACACAAUGAGUAUUUAUUUAUUUAUUUAUUUAUUUAUUGUUCCCAGGGUCACUUUAACCACUGGGUCAUAUCCCCAGCCCUUUUUAUUUUGAGAGUCCCACUAAAUUGCUUAGGGACUCACUAAGUUGCUGAGACUGGCUCUGAAACUUGUGUUCCUCCUGCCUCAGCCUCCUGAACUGCUGGGAUUACAGGUGUGUACCACUGCGCCCAGCUCAGGUAAUGAGCAUUUGAAUUUUUUUUAUAGGUAAGGCUGCAGUGAAGCAGCCUUGAGCCACAUGACUGCCCCCCACCGUCACUGACCAGCCAGGUGACUUAGGCAAGUUGGCAUGACAGGUACUCCAACUCUCAUUAACCCAACCUGUGGGUUAUGGGAAUCAGAUGUAUGGUGGGUGUAGGUGUUGGCAAGUGUGAACUCCUUUUGUUUCAGUGUGGAUUUUGCUAUUCCAGAACAUGUUUCCAUGAAGAUGUUUGUUAUUUGUGCUCAUUUCCAAAAAGGGGAUGCUAGACUGUUGGCAGUUUUUGCUUUGUUUCUCUGGGCUGGGGAUGGAUGGAACCCCAGACCUUGUGCAUGCUAGGCAAAUGCUCUACCACUGAGCCACAUACUCAGCCCAAUGUAAUUUUUUUUUUUUUUACUUGAAAUGUUCUACUUUCAUGGUCUGGGUGGUGUUUACAAGGGUGUUUGCUUUUUUAAUUUUUUUAAACCCUUUGCUGUGUUUUAUAUACUCAUAAAUAAACAUUUCACAAUAAA